AUAAGACAUAUUGUCGCAACGGGCAAGAUGUGGAAGACUACCUUCAUAUUUCUAACUAUAAUUAUUUUCAGCGAUGAAGUAAGAAGAAACAACGGCCAAUCGAUAGUACUUGACCUAAAUAAAUCAGUACAACCUAUGUCAUGGCUUUUGGAAAGAAACGCACAAAAAUGUGUACACCAGUGUAAUCUUCCAAAUUGUAACGCUGAGUGCGUUGGACACGAGAGUACGGCCGUUUGCAACGGAGCGUAUUGUAAAUCCAUGACUAGAGGCGACCACUCACGUGCUUUGUGCCACGGCGGGAAAUGCAUGUCAAAUUGUUUCGAGUUUAACUGCACGUCAAUGUGUGAAGGCGGUGUCUGUCUGUCUGAAUGUGCCGGGAAGCAAUGCGUAACUAAUUGUUUUGGUGGUGUCUGUCGAUCGAAGUGCGACGGAGAUGAAUGUAAAUCGUCGUGUAACGGGGGUGCUUGUAUGGCUGAAGCAAAAGGAUUCAAUACUUCAUCCCAGUGCCAAGGCGACGCUUGCCACGUCAAUUGCGUUGGGAUAAAUUGCCUUUCUCGUUGUGCUGGGGCAGACUGCAUAGCGACAUGUCAAGGAACUGAAUGCAGUGCCAAGUGCGAAGGCCACCGCUGUCAGAAGACUAUCGUCAUUGGAGACAUAAGGAGUGCCAUCGAGCCAGUCGAAGGAGUCUUCACUAUCAACCUUGAAGCUGGAAUGGAUUAAAUAAUAUUUGCUGGUGGUAUACAAUUCAUUUUGAAAUUGCGUUACUCAAUCAAACCACAUACUC